AUGCAAGAAAAGCCAAUGGAAGAAAUUAAGAGAAUGAAAGAAAUAAUAGACCAAAUUAGUUUUACUUUAUCACAAAUAGAGAUGAACAACAAAAAAAGACUAGAAAUUCAAUUUGAUGAAACAAACAUUAUUCAACGAAGAAUUGGAAUGAAUCAGCAACUUGAAACAAUGAUAAACAACACACCAAAUAUCACAAAAUUAAAAGAACUUUCAAACGAAUUGAAUAACAAACAUAAACAACUCAAUGACAGUAUUAAAGGUAUCGAAAAAAACAUUGAAAUAACAAGAGAAAUAAUAGAAAAAGAAAUCAAGUUAUUAGAUAAUAAAUGUAAAGGGAUUUGUGAUAAAAGAAUUAAAGAAGAAGAGGCACAUUACAUUUUACAUCAAUGGAAUAAAGGAAGAGAGAUGGAGAUAAUAUAUGACAGUGACAUCAAUGGAUGUUCAGUUGAGAUAUUAAAAAGAACACUACUGUGCAAAGGAAAUCUGCUUAUUUUAUUUGAAGGAAAUGAAGGAAAUGUUUUUGGUAUUUCACUAGAAGUAACAAAAAAGGAUUAUUCAGGUAUUAUUAUGGAUAAAUCAAUGACAUUUUACGGAUUUAAAAACAAACUAAAUCUUUCAUCUAAGUUAUGGAGAAAUGAAGAAACAAAAGAAAUACCUAAAUUGUUUAUUCAUUCAAAUCAAAAUUAUAUUCUUCGAUUUGGUGGAUGGAAUGAAAAUAUCAAAAUUGGACGUUUAAAUAAGAUGGAAAGUGUAGAAGAUUUAGGAGGAUUCAUAAGCAUUCCAAAACAACAAUUUAUUGGAACAAGAAAUGAGAAAUUUGUUGUUGAACGAAUAAUGAUAUUAAAGUGUUAA